AUGGGUGCCGUCGAAAAGAUCAAGGAGCUCGAAGAUGAGGUCGCCAGGACCCAGAAGAACAAGGCGACAGAAUACCACUUGGGACAGCUCCGAGCAAAGAUCGCCAAGCUUCGCCAUGAGCUGCUCGAACCUCAAAAGAAGUCAGGCAAGCCCGGUGAGGGUUUCGACGUCAUGAAAUCCGGCGAUGCUCGUGUCGCUCUCAUCGGUUUCCCCUCGGUGGGAAAGUCAAGUUUCCUCUCCAAAGUCACUGAUACCAAGUCCGAAGCUGCUGCGUAUGAAUUCACAACCCUCACGUGUCAACCAGGUGUGCUCGAGUACGAAGGUGCCAAGAUCCAGAUCCUUGAUUUGCCAGGUAUCAUCGAGGGAGCUUCCGAGGGCAAGGGUCGUGGUCGACAAGUCGUUGCCGUGGCCAAGACAGCGGACAUGGUCAUCAUCAUGCUCGACGCAACCAAGCCAGAGACGCAUCGCGCUCUUCUCGAAAAGGAACUCGAGGCGGUCGGCAUUCGUCUCAACAAGACAAAGCCUGACGUUGUCCUGCGCAAGAAGAACACCGGCGGUAUCGUCAUCACCAAAGCAAUGGGUCUCACAUUGACCAAGAUCGAUGAAAAGAUGAUUCGAUCCAUCUUGCAGGGCUACAAAAUGCACAACGUCGACGUAAUGCUCAGGGAGGAUAUCACUGUGGACGAGUUCAUCGAUGUCGUUCUCGGCAACCGCAACUACAUCCCAUGUCUUUACGUGUACAACAAGAUCGACUCGAUCAGCAUGGAGCAGAUGGACAAGCUCGCAAGACAGCCCAGCUCGGUCGUCAUCUCGGUCGAAAAGGACCUCAACAUCGACUACCUGAAGGAUGUCAUCUGGGACAAGCUCGGCAUCAACCGUAUCUACACCAAGAAGCGAGGAGAGAGGCCCGACCUUUCGGACCCCCUGUGUGUGCGCAGAGGUGCCACCAUCGAGCACGUCUGUCACCAGGUACACAGAGCGCUUGCAGAAAAGUUCAAAUAUGCGCUCGUUUACGGCAAGAGCAGCAAGUUCCCGACUUCACAGAAAGUGGGUCUCAAUCACGUUGUCGCAGCCGACGAUGUGGUUAGCAUCUUUACCAAGUGA